AUGGAAGACAACAGCUUAUCCACAACAACUCUAUGGCAGAAUCGAAAAUGCCUCCUUCUUUGCUGUCUCGUCUCUAUGGCCAACAUGCAAUACGGCUUCGAUCUUGCAGCCGUUGGAUCAUUACAGGCCAUGCCUGGAUUUCUCAAAGUUUUUGGAUACCCUGAUCCGACAAGUGACACAGGGUACGGGAUCGAUAGCACAGUCCAACAACUGAUAACAUCCCUUUUGACCCUUGGAUCAUUCGUCUCAUCCCUUGUCGCAGGCUUCUUCUCGGCAUAUCUCGGUCGACGGCAUGCACUAUGGCUCGCAUGCAUCGUCAACGCCGUCGCAGUCGGCAUCCAAAUCGGAACAACAACACCUGGCGUUCUAUAUCUAGGCCGUCUGCUUUUGGGAUUCGCAAACGGGUUCUUGGUGACCUUCUCCAAUAUUUACACAGCGGAAGUAUCGCCCGCUCACAUGCGCGGCGUAAUGGUCGCGUUAUUCGCGUAUUGGGUGAAUAUCGGGAGCGUGAUGGGUUCAGUGGUUGAUAACAAGACCAAAGAGCGUCUUGAUAAAUUAUCAUAUCGCAUUCCAUUGGCUUGCCUCUACAUUGUGCCAGUUUUGCUCUUCGUCGCGCUAUUCUUUGUCCCUGAGAGUCCGAGAUGGCUACUUCAUCGUGGGAAAAAGCAGGAUGCUAGGAAGGCAUUGGAACAGCUUCGUGGGAGUAGCUAUGCGACAUUACUUGCACCAUCCCGUGAAAGUAAAAAGGGCGAUGAAAAAGCCAAUGCCAAAGUCACGAGCACAGUCCCAACUCUUCUAGAGAUAGAAUGGGCCGAGAUGGUGAAAGGAGUCGAAGAAGAGAAACGGGAACAAGGCACCGUUUCCGCCCUCGAUAUGUUCCGAGGAGUUGACCUCCGUCGCACGAUCCUCUGUUACUGCAUGAUCGGCUGCCAAACCGCUUCAGGCGUGUGGUUCCUAAUCGGUUACCAGACAUAUUUCUUCACGGUAUGCGGAAUAACGAAAGCCUUCGAAUUCUCCAUAAUGAACACUUGCUUCGGAUUCCUCGGGGUCAAUGUCGGCAUGUAUGCUAUUCGUGAACUCCUCGGUCGGCGCGCAAUCCUCAUGCUCGGCGCUAUCGCAUGCGGUCUAUGUCAACUUGCCAGCGCGAUCGCUGCUACUGUGAGCCCUGCGUCGCUGCCAACAGGCCAGACACUCGUGGCAUUUACUGCUCUGUUCAUGUUUUUCUAUAACGGAUGUGUCGGCGCAGCCAGUUACCCUGUUGCGACGGAGUUAGUUAGUUCGAGGCUACGAGCUUGGACGGUUGGAACGGCGACAUCGUUGGGGUAUUUGUUGGCUUGGUUGGUUAACUUUUGUACGCCGUAUUUCAUUAAUCCGGAGCACUUAAAUUGGGGGGCUAGGUAUGGCUAUAUUUGGUUUGCUUCGAAUGUGCUUUGUGUGGGGUUCUUUUAUUUCUGGAUGCCGGAGAUGAAGGGUCGCUCUUUGGAGGAACUGGAUGAGAUUUUUGAGGCGCAAGUUCCGGCGAGGAAGUUUGAGGGUUAUCGGACUGUUAUUAGGGAGGUGGCGAGGAUUGAGGCUGUCAAUGCGAAGGAAAUUGGGAUUGGUGAGAAGGAUAUGGAUUGA